GCCGCGCAGAGAAGCCGGGGCGACGCCGCCACCCACGGGGGUCCUCGUCUCGUUCCUCUCCUCGUUCCUCUCCACGUCACUCUCCCCGUGACUCACCUCGUCACUCACCACGUGACUCACCUCGUCACUCACCACGUGACUCACCUCGUCACUCUCCCCGCGACUCUCCCCGUGACUCUCCCCGUGACUCACCUCGUCACUCACCACGUGACUCUACUCGUCUCUCUCCACAUCGUUCCUCAUCCUCUCCUCGUCCUUGUCCCUCAACCUAAUCAUCCUCAUUCAUCUUCCUCCUCCUCCUCGUUCCUCCUCUCCAUUGUUCUCAUCCACCUUUCUCACCCUCAUCUUUGACUCUAUUCCUCACCUCCUCCUCUUACUCCCCCUCCACCCUCCCCUCCCCCUGGUCCUCAUCCUCCGCCUGCUCCUCACCCCCCCCCCCCCCGCAUCUUCUUCGCCGUCUCGCCCAGAGCUCAAUGAGUUGAGGUCGCGAUUGGACGCCGGUCCCCUGUGGACGGAGGGAUCGAGGGAGGCAGUGGGCCUACUGAGAACACGUGGGACGAGCGGAGGAGACCUGGGGCGGACACCUGGAGCUGGGGAGACCUGGGCCACGUGGGGCACAGGACAGAUCCGGAACACGUGGAUUCAGACCGGGGAACGUGGGACAAGAAGGAGACUUGGGACGGACACGUAGAGCGAGGGAGACCUGGGACGGACACGUGGGAGUCCGAUCAAGGUUUCUGCUGGGUGGUUCCCGAUCAGACAGGAGCGCCGGUCCAAGCAGGGACCCCCCAAGAUGGCCAUGAAGACUUCGUUCACCCUCCUCGUCCCCUUCCUCCUCCUCGUCCUAGGACCCGGGAAUCGCACGGCGGCCGCCGGGGGAGGUCCACACGGUGUCCGAGAACGACGAGCAGCGGCCGUGCAGACGAUGGUCGUGCUGCUGGAACUGGAGAUCACGGUCACCAAUGGCAUCAUCAGCGACCAGGACAUCCUGGACGUGCUGCGCAACGUACAAACGAUCUUCAUCAACGGCAGCGCCAUCAACAUCACCGACCCCGAGAUCAUCAGCGAGUGUGUCCCCCAAGGCAACGAGACGCAGUGUCGGUGCGGAGCGGGGCUGCUGUGGGACACCUCCACCUGCCAGGCGCUGGGGCCCUGCUCCUCGGACCCCUGGGGAACCCCGCAGGGGUGCAGCUGCGUCCGGGGAGCACCCGCGGACCCCUUCCAGUGCAGCGCGCCGCCCCCUGCACCCAACGUCACAACCACACUCAACAUCACAACAACACCCAACGUCACGACAACACCCAACGUCACAACCACACUCAACGUCACAACCACACCCAACGUCACAACCACACUCAACAUCACAACAACACCCAACGUCACGACAACACCCAACAUCACAACCACACUCAACAUCACAACAACACCCAACGUCACGACCACACCCAACGUCACGACAACACCCAACGUCACAACCACACCCAACGUCACAACCACACCCAACGUCACGACAACACCCAACGUCACGACAACACCCAACGUCACGACAACACCCAACGUCACGACCACACCCAACGUCGCAACCACACCCAACGUCACAACAACACCCAACAUCACAACUACACCCAACGUCACAAUCACACCCAACGUGACGACAACACCCAACGUCACAACCACACCCAACGUCACGACCACACCCAACAUCACAACUACACCCAACAAGCCUGAGACCAGCUCCACGACCGCAAAGCCAAGCGGCACCCUGUCAGAUGUGAGCAGACACAACGUCACGAUCCGGACGACGAUGGAAUUCGACAGCCUGUACGAAGAUAAGAGCAGCAGCAAGUACAUGGAAAUGGAGACUCGUUUCUUGCCCGCGCUCAACAAAAGCUACCAGCGCCUUGGAGAGCGCUUCAUAAAGGUGAUCAUCCUGAGGUUCAGGAAUGGGAGUCUGAUCGUCGAUUACCAGGUCAUAGGUCACAAUCUCUCCACUGAGGACAUCAUCAACAAGACUGAAGACAUCAAUAUAUUUCUGAAAAAUGACAAAAUCGAAAUGAACACAUCAAACCGAUUGGUUAUUCACUCGGAAGGAAAAGAGAUUUCGGUCCACGGCAAUCUGACAGAGAAUAGAGAGGUGACCCUUGUCUACAACAGCACAAUAGCGAAUACAACGAAUGUCACUUGGUCGAGGAACGGGCAGAGCGUUUCCACUGACUUCGAUAUGAUUGUGGCCACGAAUCUAACCAUCCGGAAGUUCCAGAUAAGUUCCAAUGGGACCUACACGUGCCAGGUGCAAGUGGGCUCGUUCGCUGUGCUCAGGAGCAGCGUGGUGUUGGAACUGAUGCCAACCAUCAACCCGCAAUCGGGGUCCCUGCCUUCCGAGUCGGUGAAAGAAGGCGUUUCAUCCUACGUGACCUGCUGCCUGCAGCAGCAGUUGCCGAACUUGACAAUAACGUGGAGUGUCGCCAACACGUCCACGAACCACCUGACGAAUUCGAGUGGAUGUUCUGAUUACCUGCACACGUGCAACGAAACCAAUUACAAGUGUUCCACAAACAAUAGCAGCAAGGAAAUCAACGUGACCUGCAUUAAAGAAGGUGACUCUUGCCCAGCAAAUCAAACAGGGAAGUGGAAUUGGACGAUAACGGCGGCAGGCACAACAGCAUACCAGACCUGUGAAUCCAAUUACACCGGAUUAAUAAGCCGGUUUUGCAGUAAGAGUAACACAUGGGACGUUGAAAACGACAACUGCAUAUCGACUAAACUCAAAGACAUCAUGGACAAGGCGACGACGGCAAAUGCCGGCAAAGACCUGGACUCGAAAGUUCCGGAUCUGAUCAAGGAACUGUCCGGGUACCAGCCUAACCAGAUACCCGCCAACGACGUGAAGGAUGUCAGCUUUGUGAUCAAGCUCUUGGCCAAUGUCAUUUCGCAAAAUAACAUCCCCAUCAACAAAACCGUGGCGGAGGAUUUCUUCACUUCUGUGAGCAAAGUGCUCGAUAUAACUUUGAAAGUUUCGUGGGAUAAACUUAACGACAAUGGUAACAACAGCGCCUCGCUGCUGAAGAGUGUCGAGACGUUUGUGGAGGCAAUCAGCGAUGUGGGUGAGAAUGAUACUUUUAAUAUCACCAAACCUAACGUGGCCGUGAAUGGAACGCGGUACAUGUCGGGCAAGUUGGCCACUGAGUACAGCAAGGUUUUCAAUCAUUCUCAUAAAAACUCCAAAGUGAGCAUCCCCCAGAAUGUGGUGAAAGAAUUGUUGAAUUGGGGCAACUUGACUAUCACAAGCAUCCAAUUCAGCACCCUGUCAGAACUUCUGCCAAAUUACGGCAACAGCAGCAGUUUCAAGGUGGGGAGCGUUGUGCUCAGCACCGUCAUCCGCAGCACCGUCAUCCCCAACAACGCCACCGUGCACAAGAACAUCAGUAUGGAGAUGGAACUCGGGGACAACGUCACGGCGAAGAACCAAACAAGUUGCGUUUUCUGGAAAUUUGGGGAGAACAACACCAGUGGCAACUGGUCAAAUGAUGGUUGCAACACCACCACCAAGUCCCCUGGCAACGUGGUGGUGUGUAGCUGCGACCACUUGACCUCCUUCUCGGUGCUCAUCUCUCCCGAGGCACCCGACGACGUGAUCCUCUCCAACAUCACCUACGCGGGCGUGGGCAUCUCCAUAGGUGCGCUCGUGUGCGCCCUCGUUCUCGAGGCCGUGGCCUGGCGCUCCGUCAAGAUGCACGUAAACUCGCGCAUGCGUCACAUCAUCCUCAUCAACAUCUGCGCGUCGCUGCUCUUCGCCGACGUGUGGUUCAUCGUGGCCGCGUCCGACGUCAGCACCAAGUACAACACCAACCUCUGCCUGGCCUCCACCUUCCUCAUGCACCUCGGCUACCUCUCGGUCUUCUUCUGGAUGCUGUGCGAGGGCCUCUUCCUCUUCUACCUCGUCGUCAUCAUCUUCAGCCGCGUCCCCAUGAAGCAUCUCAGGGCGGCCGUGUUCGCCGUGGGCUACGGGGCGCCGGCCGUCAUCGCGGUCGUCACCAUCGCCGUGACGAAGCCGCGCGACGCGUACACGCGGAAGGGAGUCUGCUGGCUCGACUGGGAGAACAGCCGGGCUCUGUUGUCCUUCGUCGUACCCGCGUUGGUCAUCGUCGGCUUCAACACCAUCAUCCUGGUGGUGGUGCUCACCAAGAUCCUGCGCCGUCGCAGCGUCAGCGCGGCCAUCAGCGAGAGCCCCUCGGUUCGCGUCAAGCAGCUGGCCAAGAGCAUCGCCGUCAUGAUGCCCGUCCUCGGGGUCACGUGGGGACUCGGCAUCUUCGCUUUCAGUAAAGAGAACAGCAAGAACCCCGCUCUGCACUACCUGUUUGCCAUCUUCAAUUCCCUGCAGGGUCUCUUCAUCUUCCUGUUCGACUGUCUGAUGGACAAAGAGGUGCGCAAGGCAAUAAAGAAAAUACUUGGCCUAGACCUGGCGAAACGUAAGGGCGCCAGCAGUCAGGGGACGCCCGUUUCGCCGUACAAAUCUCGCUCCACGGCGUCGACGGACCCGCGCGUCACGGGGAAAGCGAGCCGCUCCGUGCGCGACCGCGUCAAGAAGACGAUGCCCUCCCUGCCCGACCGCAGCACCAGCAAAUACGACUCUCUCAUCGCCGACUAGGGGCUCCACAAACCGUGCCCCCUCCUCACCUCCUCUGCGGAGUCAGCCCCUGGAAAUCCUCUCCACCUACUUACAUCAUCACCAUCAUUAUCGUAAAAUUGUGGGGUUCCGGGUUGGGCUGCUUGUUGAAUAUUUAUUCUGUCAAUAUUUCCCCACGCCCUACUGCGGGAACCCUAUUCAAUCCCUGAGGAUGGCCACAAUUGCGAGCAUCUACAGCUGAAUGGAAUGUGGCCUAUUUAUGAAAUGAGUCGAUGGUUUCACAGAUGCACAAAAAGUGAAUGCACCAUCACCAUCCCAACAGUUCAUCCAGGUACUCCAACACCGUGGUAUGUCAAGGACACAUUUCUUCUGCGUGACAGAAUUCCUAACCGGUUGGCAGACCAUACACAAGUCAACAGCAAAUUUUUGAUUCCAUGAACGACUGAUACAUCUGAAGUGUCUGAAACGUACAUUCAGAUUCGUGGAACUGCUUAUUUUUAUUGUUUUUUUUUUUAUCAAUUACGGGUAUUAUAGCCACACAGAUUCUCUUAUUAUUUAAGCAAUAAAAAAUAUCACCGUCGUAUAUUAAAUGUAGCAGUGGCGAGCUCAAACUUAUGACGGGGAAACUUUUAACCGCUAGAAUGUCAGCGAAUCAAGACAUUGCAAGGUAUUGUGGACAUAGCUUGUAAAAAAACACAAGAGACGUUAAGGAGUGGGUGUAUUACCACAAUCAGUCACGAUCAAUCCACUGAUGGUUCAUGACAUCCCCAAUCCAUCGCCAUAUCUCGCGGUGUCUCGCAAUGCAAGCUGAUCUCACCGCAUUGGUCGUCCUCUGGGGUAUUGUCCCCUUCCUUAUGCUGCCACUCUGUCGUUAGUCUCGACCACACAGGCAUGACAACACCGAGUCAAGCAAAGGCUGUGGUGUAUGGUCGUUCACAUUUUUUAGGGAGUAUUUUAAGAGGUGGUUAUAUUUUUUACGCACCAACAUUAAACGCACUGUGCAAUGUUUUGCAUGAGCACUUAAAUAAACGAACUCAGGUUAUGAAAAAAAGCUUGUCAAAAAUAAAACAAAGAUCCCUCAAAGCCAUAACAGACUGUUGGGGCAAGUGCUGCUAGCGAGUAGCACCUAAUGAAGGCCGACACGUCACACGAGGGGGUGAAUGGCCAGCACUACGCUCGGCCGCCUUUGUCUCCCCAGUGGCGAUGUUCACACCGCACCAGGUGCUCAUUUAAAGCUGAGUCGACCUAGGAGAGGCCCAGGACCGGUUCAGAAAUAUCAUUGCUGGUGUUCGCCGUUCGCGGGAAUCGAACUCGGGUAGCCAGCUUCGUAGAGCAGCGUGCUAACCACUGCACCACCGCUCCUGAUUUUGCCAUAAACACAUCGGUGCUCACCUGCGCACACGAUUACUCAAUAGGGUGGGCACCUCCUUACUGAGCAAUCGUUCGCGUGACCAGUCAAAUCGUGGUGAGGUUUCAAGCUCUCCGGGUCUCACCAGCAGACCGUGGCCUGUCCAAGACACACGAAUGGGCCCGCAGGGUGCUGGUGCUACUCUCCGUGAACACGGCAGUUCCCUGACGGUGCGGUACACAAACAAUGGCACACAAUGUCUGUUGGGAUUGUGCAUAGCUAAGGUCUGCUUUACCACCAAAAAAUGUAAAUGCGGUACUGUGACAUUAAAAAGC